AGCUUGAUCUGUUCGAAAAGUCGGACGUAUUCUGGAUUUGAUGAGCCGUGGAUUAAGGGGUCAGCCCGGUCAGGACCAGACAUGGACGCUCGGAACCUGGUCAAGCUGAAGCGGCAACUUGCCCGAGAGGAGCAGAAGAAGGAGGCCCCCGCACAGCAGAGGGCGGUCGAUGAGAUCUUCCCCAAGGCGGGAGCGGCCGAAGAGGCCAAGGAGGCGGGGCCCGUAUCGGAGGCCGCCGUCGGGGGCUCCCCCGGUCUGGAGCUGAAAAGAAAAAGACUCCACCGGAGGGGAAGAAGAAGAAGAAGGGGGCCCCGGAGUCGAAGGAAGCCCCCGUUGUGGUCGUAGAAGAAUCUUCUCCUCCCAAGCCUUCGGGUCAGGCAACUGAUCUGACAUGGCCCCUGGACAAAGUCCAAUUUUCCAUUAUGAAGGGGACUGCUAUCAUGCACGGGACCCUGAACCCGAAGGAGUUUUUGAGGGGUGCCACCCCUCCGACUGAUAAGUUCGUGCUCUCCCGUCAGGCCGACGAUGUCCUCUGCUCCAAGGUUCUGAUGGCCUCGGUUACGGCGAGCCUUGGCCUUGGCGAGCUGGUCCAGAGGAUAGAACAGCAUGACUCAGAGAAGAAGAAGGCCGUUGAAGCACUGGCCGAGGCCCGAAGGCAGCUCAAGGAGGUCGAGGACGCUCGCAAAGCUGAGCAAGAGGCUUUCAAAGACAUCCUCGAGGGCUCCAAGACGGUGGCCAGGGCCGAAGGUAAAGCAGAGGCGGAGAAGGCUGCGGCAGAUGCUGCCAAGAAAGCCGCGGAGGAUGCCGAGGAGGCCCGGAUCAAAGCUGUCGCCGAAGCCCGGGAGGAGGCUGUUGCUACUUUUGCCGAGGAGGGAUGGAAAGCCGAAGGUCGGCAAAAAUGGGUGGCUUCGGUGGUGGAAGCUUCGGUGGACGAAUGGGUGAAAGGCCCAGGCGCCAUGUGGUUAGCCCGAAAGGGGAAGGAAUAUUAUGACGGGAGUGAGUACUUUACUCAGGCCCUCGUAUAUCGAAGGCUGUCCCGGCAUUUUGGGGUGGACCCGAAGGCCUUUGAUCCGGCAUCCUAUGGCCUUCCUCCCCUUCAGCCAGACCCCAGGGUUCCCCUCCCUGAAGGUGUUGCGAGGCCUGACUUGGAAGACUCCCUGCUGAUGGCCGAGGGCAGUGACGAAGAGGAGGAGAUUGGUGAUGAUGCCGUGUCCAAG